GAGGCGGAGGAGGCGGGGGGAGCAGCUUCCUCACAGCGGAAGGAGACGACGGAUCUCCUGCAGGACAAUGUGAGACACCGAGAGUUGAUCCAACGCAGUUAGCAAGCAGCCAGCCAGCCGGGAUGGAAGCGGGGAUCAUUUGAGUCGCACCGCAGCCGAACCACAACCAGAAUAUUGUUCUUAAAUCCGCAUUUUUUGGGCCGAAGACGCGGCCGCAGCGAUGGGAGGCCGGCGCUGAGGAGAGAGCGGCGGCAGGGCCAAGAAACGGGAGAAAGAUGGGUGUCGUGCUGCGGAGUCUGUUGUUGUGUAGUUUUUGUUUUCUCAUACGAGGCGUGCCGCUGCUGCUGUAUGCGAACCGGCGGGACCUUCGGCUCGUGGAUGCGGCGCACGAAAAGGCCAACGCCACGGUCGUGGUGGGAGGGCUGGAGGACGCCGCCGCCGUGGACUACGUCUACUCCCAGGGCCUCAUCUACUGGAGCGACGUGAGCGAGGAGGCCAUCAAACGCACCGUCUUCAACCAGUCCGGGGCCAGCACGGUCCAGACGGUGGUCCCGGGUCUGGCCUCCCCGGACGGACUGGCCUGCGAUUGGUUAGGGAGGAAACUUUACUGGACGGACUCAGAAACCAAUCGGAUCGAGGUGGCGGAGUUGGACGGCGCUCUGAGGAAGGUUCUGUUCUGGCAGGAGCUGGAUCAGCCCAGAGCCAUCGCCCUGGAUCCAGAACGAGGGUACAUGUACUGGACCGACUGGGGCGAGGUCCCGAAGAUCGAGCGCGCCGGGAUGGACGGGACCAAUCGAUCGAUGAUCAUUGAUAAGGACAUCUACUGGCCCAACGGGCUGACGCUGGACUACAGUCAGCAGAAACUGUACUGGGCCGACGCCAAGCACAACUUCAUCCACCGCUCCAACCUGGACGGGUCCUCCAGGGAGGUGGUGGUGAAGGGAGAGCUGCCUCACCCCUUCGCCCUCACCCUGUACGAGGACACGCUGUUCUGGACCGACUGGAACACCCACUCCAUCCACUCCUGCAGGAAACAGACCGGCGGCGAGCAGCGAGUCGUCCACUCUGACAUCUUCUCCCCGAUGGACAUCCACGUCUUCAGCUCCAAGAGACAACCCAACUUGAACAGUCCGUGUUCUGUGAGGAACGGAGGAUGUUCCCACCUCUGCCUCCUCUCCCCGGUGAAGCCCUUCUAUCAGUGUGCCUGUCCCACCGGAGUCCAGCUGCUGGAGGACGGGAAGACCUGCAGAGACGGUGCGACUCAGAUGCUUCUUCUGGCUCGGAGAACGGACCUGCGGCGAAUCUCUCUGGACACGCCCGACUUCACUGACAUCAUCCUGCAGGUGGACGACAUCCGCCACGCCAUCGCCAUCGACUACGACCCGGUGGAGGGAUACAUCUACUGGACGGACGACGAGGUGAAGGCCAUCCGCCGCUCCCUGCCCGACGGCAGCGAUGCCCAGUUCGUGGUCACGUCUCAGGUCAACCACCCCGACGGCAUCGCCGUCGACUGGAUCGCCCGAAAUCUGUACUGGACCGACACCGGGACGGACCGCAUCGAGGUGACCCGGCUCAACGGGACCAUGCGCAAGAUCCUGAUCUCUGAAGACCUGGACGAGCCCAGAGCCAUCGUGCUGGACCCUGUGGCCGGGUACAUGUACUGGACCGACUGGGGGGAGGUGCCAAAGAUCGAGCGAGCCGACCUGGACGGGAUGGAGCGGGUGGUGAUGGUGAACACGUCCCUGGGCUGGCCCAACGGCCUCGCCCUCGACUACGACGAGCGCAAAAUCUACUGGGGAGACGCCAAGACGGACAUGAUCGAGGUGAUGAACAUGGACGGGUCAGGGAGACGGGUGCUGGUGGAGGACAAACUUCCUCACAUCUUCGGCUUCACUCUGCUCGGCGACUACAUCUACUGGACGGACUGGCAGCGCCGCAGCAUCGAGCGCGUCCACAAACGCACCGCCGAGCGCGAGUUCAUCAUCGACCAGCUGCCGGACCUCAUGGGACUCAAGGCCACAUACGUGCACCAGUCCUUCGGUACGAACCCGUGUGCGGACAGUAACGGCGGCUGCAGUCACCUCUGCCUCUACAAGCCUCAGGGCGUCCAGUGCGGCUGUCCCAUCGGCCUGGAGCUCAUCGCCGACAUGAGGACCUGCAUCGUCCCCGAGGCCUUCCUGCUCUUCUCCCGCCACACCGACAUCCGCCGCAUCUCCCUGGAGACCAACAACAACAACGUGGCCAUCCCGCUCACCGGCGUCAAGGAGGCGUCGGCGCUCGACUUCGACGUCACAGACAACCGCAUCUACUGGACCGACAUCACUCUGAAGACCAUCAGCCGGGCCUUCAUGAACGGCAGCGCUCUGGAGCACGUGGUGGAGUUUGGUCUGGACUACCCUGAGGGGAUGGCGGUGGACUGGCUGGGGAAGAACCUGUACUGGGCCGACACCGGCACCAACCGCAUCGAAGUGGCCAAACUGGACGGGCAGCACCGGCAGGUCCUGGUCUGGAAGGACCUGGACAGUCCUCGAGCUCUGGCUCUGGAUCCUGCUGAAGGGUACAUGUACUGGACCGAGUGGGGCGGGAAGCCGAAGAUCGACCGGGCGGCGAUGGACGGGACGGGGCGCAUCACGCUGGUGGCCGACGUGGGCCGGGCCAACGGACUCACCAUCGACUACGCAGAGCGGCGCCUGUACUGGACCGACCUGGACACCACGCUGAUCGAGUCAUCCAACAUGCUCGGUCAGGAGCGUGAGGUCAUAGCUGACGACCUCCCUCACCCGUUCGGCCUCACCCAGUACCAGGACUACAUCUACUGGACCGACUGGAGCCAGCGCAGCAUCGAGCGCGCCAACAAGACCAGCGGUCAGAACCGCACCGUCAUCCAGGGCCACCUGGACUACGUCAUGGACAUCCUGGUGUUUCACUCGUCCAGACAGGGCGGCUGGAACGCCUGCGCCUCCACCAACGGACACUGCUCCCACCUCUGCCUCGCCGUGCCCGUCAGCAGCUUCGUCUGCGGCUGCCCCGCCCACUUCUCCCUCAACUUCGACAACAAGACGUGCAGCGCUCCCACCUCCUUCCUGCUGUUCAGUCAGAAAACCGCCAUCAACCGCAUGGUGAUCGACGAGCAGCAGAGUCCCGACAUCAUCCUGCCCAUCCACAGCCUGAGGAACGUCCGCGCCAUCGACUACGACCCUCUGGACAAACAGCUGUACUGGAUCGACUCCAAGCAGAACGUGAUCCGCCGAGCGCAGGAGGACGGGAACCAGAGUAUGACUGUGGUGUCGAGCUCUGUGGGCGGAGCCAGCCAGGGCCUGCAGCUGUACGACCUGAGCAUCGACAUCUACAGCCGCUUCAUCUACUGGACCAGCGAGGUCACCAACGUCAUCAACGUCACCCGCACGGACGGCAGCAGGGUGGGCGUGGUGCUGCGGGGGGAGCACGACAAGCCCCGGGCCAUCGUCGUCAACCCAGAGAGGGGGUACAUGUACUUCACCAACCUGCUGGAGCGCUCCCCGAAGAUCGAGCGGGCGGCGCUGGACGGGACGGAGCGCGAGGUUCUGUUCUUCAGCGGUCUGGGGAAACCCGUCGCUCUGGCCAUCGACAACGAGGUGGGGAAGUUGUUCUGGGUCGACUCGGACCUGCGCCGCAUCGAGAGCAGCGACCUCUCCGGAGCCAAUCGGAUCGUGAUCGCCGACUCCAACAUCCUGCAGCCGGUCGGGCUGACGGUGUUCGGGAACCACCUGUACUGGAUCGACAAGCAGCAGCAGAUGAUCGAGCGCAUCGACAAGACGACGCGAGAGGGACGCACCAAGAUCCAGGCGCGCAUCGCCUACCUGAGCGACAUCCACGCCGUCCACGAGCUGGACAUGAGGGAGUACAGUAAACACCCGUGUACCUGGGACAACGGCGGCUGCUCACACAUCUGCAUCGUGAAGGGCGACGGGACGACUCGCUGCUCGUGUCCCGUCCACCUGGUGCUGCUGCAGGACGAGCUCUCCUGUGGAGAGCCCCCCACCUGCUCCCCGGAGCAGUUCUCCUGCACGUCCGGCGAGGUGGACUGCAUCCCUCAGGCGUGGCGCUGCGACGGUUACGCCGAGUGCGACGACAAGAGCGACGAGGAGGACUGUCCCGUCUGCUCCGAGUCCGAGUUCCAGUGCGACAGCCGCCAGUGCAUCGACCUGAGCCUCCGCUGCAACGGGGAGUUCAACUGUCAGGACCGCUCCGACGAGAACAAGUGUGAAGGUGUGACAGUGCGGUGUCCUCUGGACCAGUUCACCUGCUCUAACGGUCAGUGCAUCGGGAAACACAAGAAGUGCGACAACAACGUGGACUGUACGGACAGCUCCGACGAGAACGGCUGCUACGCGACCGAGGAGCCGCCUCCUCCACCCAACAACACCAUCAGCUCCAUCGUGGGCGUGGUCAUGGCGCUGUUUGUUGUGGGCGCCGUGUACUUCGUGUGUCAGCGCGUCCUCUGUCCGCAGAUGAAGGACGACGGCGAGACGGUCACCAACGACUUCGUGGUUCACGGGCCGUCGUCGGUGCCGCUGGGAUACGUGCCGCACCCGAGCUCGCUGUCCAGCUCGCUGCCCGGUAUGUCCAGAGGGAAGUCUGUGAUUGGCUCGCUCAGCAUCAUGGGUGGCAGCAGCGGACCUCCGUACGACCGAGCCCACGUCACCGGAGCGUCGUCCAGCAGCUCGUCCAGCACCAAAGGAACCUACUUCCCCCCGAUCCUGAAUCCUCCUCCGUCUCCGGCCACCGUUCGCUCUCAGUACACCAUGGAGUUCGGCUACUCGUCCAACAGUCCCUCCACACACAGAUCCUACAGUUACCGGCCCUACACCUACCGCCACUUUGCCCCGCCCACCACCCCCUGCAGCACUGAUGUGUGCGACAGCGACUACACACCUGGACGCCGGGCGCCGCUCAAGUCCAGCACCGCUGCCUCCGCCGCCGCCGCCGCCAAGGGCUACACCAGCGACCUCAACUACGACUCGGAGCCUUUCCCGCCGCCGCCGACGCCCCGCAGCCAGUACCUGUCGGCGGAGGAGAACUGUGAGAGCUGCCCACCGUCGCCUUACACCGAGCGCAGCUACUCCCACCACCUCUACCCGCCGCCGCCGUCGCCCUGCACGGACUCCUCGUGAGCCAAACGCCCCGCCCCCCUCAACACAGCUCCGCCCCCUCACUGUAAAUAGCAAUUGUGCAUAUAUGAGGUUAAAAAUGGGAAAGAGAGACUGACGCGAGCGGAGGAGACAAAAAGGAGACAAAGAGAAACGGAGCUGCAGAACAUUUGUACAUUGAAAAAGAGAAAAGCAUAUUUAUAUAUUUUCUAUACAGUGUUUACUGAUGAUGGAGGUUUGUAUUAAGAAAUUUGUACAUUUUUUAAGAAAAGGUUUUAUUAAAAUCAUCACAAAUAUAAGUUGCCUUAAAGCAGGAGAAAAGAGGCUGAAGGACACGAAGCACACGGUGAAACGUUUUAACUUAUCUGAUGCCAAAUAUGAAAAACAUCCACAGCUACAGGAAGAGCUCCGCCUGCGCCGCCCGGCAGCCAUCUUGUCUGUAGUUACCAUGUGAACUGGAUCGAGGAGGGAGGGGUCGGCUGAGGACGCGGUUCGGGUCUUUGAUCUGAUUUGACCUCCUCGUCAUCAGAGGAUCAGGAUCGUGUCUGAUUGGAUGUGAGUCCUGAAGACCAGGACCAGGUCUGAGCUGAAGCAAUAACACUGAGGCACAUAUUUAUCAGCCGAUCAGACCAGGACUGAACGCUACGGAGGCCCAGAGAGGACAAGAGCACAUGACGUGUGAAAACACCCAGCCAACAGGCGUCUGCUAGAAGCGACCCAGACCUCCUUUUGUCCCCUGUGGGCCUCCGUACAAACACUAAAACAAGUUUCCACUAAACGUUUGAGAUCCGGUCGCUGCAGCACGACUCACAUCCAGACAUCGUCUUCAUCACCAUGAAGCUCAGACAGGAUUUAAACCAAAACGACCCAAAGCUGCACAGCAGGGAGCAUCAUCUUCCUCCUCCUCCUCCUCCUCAUGUUACUUCUUCUUCUGCUCUUUAAUCCCCGUCUCUUCACACGUGGAGGAAGCAGCGUUUCCCACCAAGAACUCGACCUUGUGCCUGACCAGUUACACAUCUUCAUAUCUUUUUUUUUUAUUUUUAUGUUGUUGUUGUUGUUGUUACUUCGAGGAAAAAAAACACAAAGGAAAUCCAGUGCCCACUAAAUGCUCUAUAGUAUUUUUGUACCACAUAUUGUGUAGAUAACGUAUUUAUAAGCUAUAUAGAAAAAUCAUUGUAAAUCUAUCCAUUGAAUUCUUGCAGUACUUUUCAUUCCGUCUUUUUUUAUAUUGCCUCAUUAUAUUUUUCUACAGAAUAUCAGUCCAAACGUACGGCGACAAUCUCAGAUCAGUCAAAUCGAAGAACAUAUCCAGGUUUCAGUGUCUGUUCGUGUCGAGUCAUCCUGAUGUUUGAAGGACUGUUUGUGCCAAAAUCAUCUUUUUAACCGUGUGGCGGCAGAAAACCCUGAAGCUGAAGCUGGGACCAGAGGUGGAGCCUGAGGCGGCGUCGACUCUGUUGCCUUGACGACGCUCGUGUCAACAAUCUUGUUUUUGUUUCUGUUUUGUUUCUUGUGGAUCUGUUUUUAGUCUUUUGUUUCUUUCUCGCGACGACCAGACGCCUCGUUCUGAUCGUCGCAGGAGCGUCGCCGUGUUUCCCGCCCUGAGGUCAAAGAGAAAAUACGACACCAGCAUGAAUCUGAAGACAAUCUAACGCUUUACAAGCAAACACGUCUCCGACAUAUCUCCAUGUUCAGAGUCCCGAUCUCACUAAGAGCUUCUUUCCUUUUAUUUCUCACAUUGAAAUCACAGAAACCAUCGUCUCAGUCUGUGGAGGAACUUUUAGACAUUUAAAGAAACAUUGCCCCUUUAAGAAAAUUUGAAUUUCAUACUCGGUGUCAUCUGAACCUUUUAGAUGUAAUUGAAACAUUUUUGCACGUUUUCUACAAAUUUGUCAAAUGUCUGAAAACAAAUAUUCAACAAUUAAAUUAAAUAGAAAACAAUCUAAAAUCAGUUUGACCAAAUUAAAUGUUCAUUCAGUGUUUGAUGUUCAGCUGUUCAACUCAUUUAGUUUGAGUUCAAAUUAUUCAGUGACUUUGUUUUGAAAUGUUGAAAAACUGCAGCAUCUGGUUGAGAUGAUUCGACUUCCUGUUUCUCCAGAAACAAUCGUCAAUAUUGACAAAGAAACUACGGAGUCCUUAAAGUGCUGAAGUGUGAGGUUUUAAUAAUCUUAUUCACACAAGAUAAUUACACAAAAUAUAAUUAUUUGAGCACAAUAUGUUAAUUUCUGCGCACAGUUUAUUGUCUUGGAUCCGUCAGUCAUUGUCUUUAUUUUAUGUAAAGAAGAUUUGAAAUGAUCUUUCUGGAUUUAUUAAAGAGAAUCAGAUUUUAGGGAUUUAAAAUUAAAUUUUCUACAGUGCAGUGAUAUUUUGAGGCUCGCUCAGAUUGUGCAGAAAAUCAAAACGUCAGAAACUCAAACCACUACAAACCAGUGACGAUGCCAAAAGUCAUGAACGUAUAUUUUUGUCUCUCUGCUGCCUCCGUACGUCCUCCACAUCUGCCCACACCUGUCCACCAGCUGAGAGCUACCUGUGGUACAAUCACUGACCGACACACCCAGGUGUGUUUCAGGCCGACUGCGCGCACACACACACACACACACACACACACACACACACACACACACACACAUCAGAUUAAACCGUUUUUGUUUUUUGUUUUUGUUUGUUUUUUUUGGGAGAGGUUCUCAUUCGCUAACUGCACUUUACAGGACUUUUAUUUUUUUAACUGAUUUCUGGUACAAAACGUCGUCGUUGUCGAGCAGCUGGAGUGAACUGUUGUGUAAAGGUGGACGUUUGGUUUGUGUGUUUUAGAAGAGUCCAAAACAAAGAUGGCCGACGUGGUGAAACAUGGUAACAUCAGGUUUUUCAGAGUCUGGAUGGUGACGGGUUUUUGUUUUUGUUGUUCCUUCAGUUUAAAAGCAUCAAGCCUCAAAUUAACUAAUUUUUCCCUCAAGUUAAUAAUUAACUUUUUAUAUUUUUGUGCGUGAACUGGAAAAGUUUUUUUUCUGUGAAUUUACAGGUAACAGCUGUUAGUCUGAAAUCUGAAAUGUUAAAACAUGGUGAUAAAAUUAAGUAAUUUGAGUUUUAUAUAUUGACUUUAAUAUUUGAAGGAUCCAAAAUAAGAACUUGAUGGAAUCCAGAAAUCAUCUUGUCGAAAUUAAAAGCUAUGAUGAUGUAAAUGAUGUUAAAUUAAGAGCAGUAACGUUCCUGAUGUGAAGAGCUGGGUAUCAUUUAGAAUUUUUAAAUAUUUGGUUAUUAAUCCUGAUUCAAUAACAGUUUUGGUAAAUACCAAAACUUUUUUUCCACUAGAUGCCAAAUAUUAAAUAUAAGACGUUUGUGUAGAUAAAACAAACAUUUUGAUUGAAACCUGAAACUAUCUGACAUCAAAAAUCAACAAGAUCAUGAUCUCAACAGAAAUUUAAUUCCAACUUUUACAACUAAAAAUCUUAAAAUGUCAAUUCUUCUGCUCUGUUCAUUUACUGGAUUCAUUUACUGGAUUCAUUUACCAGAAUCUCGUCCCUCCAGACUCUGUCAAAGCUUCGUUUGGUUUGAAGGAACAAAUAAAAACACGUCAUCAGACAGAACCGAGACGAAUCAAACGCCUCUGUGUCGUCAGAGUCGACGGUCUGAGCUUGGACUUUUUGAACAGGUUGUGAGGAACGUGGGUGAAAAAGGUCAAAGAAAGUAGAAAUGUAAAAAGAUUGAAAAAGGCUGAGUCAUUUUCUUUUUUUCUUUUUUUUAAAGAAAGCACUUUUGUCUCCAGGUUUCUCGGAGGUUCAAACAGGAAAAACAGAAGUUUGUGUCGUGUUUUUUUUUUUUUUUUUUUUUUAAAUGUCCUUCAUCCGUUUUGAUCCCAUGGUGCUUUGCGAGGACGUUUUUGGAGAUGACCAACAUUUGGUUCGUCAUGUUCAUUUAAUUUCCACUAACUCUACGUUUUUAUACGAUGACUGCUUUACCUGUAAACCAGAGUAUCCGAUGGACCUGUACAGCCCAUCCAGCUGCCACCAUAAGCUGUUGUAACUGAUGAAAUGCUGAGUUUUUUCUUUUUGUUAAAUAUAAAGUGAGUGAACUUUUA